AUGGCGGACUCGCAAACCAACAACGACCAGACGGGAGCCUCCCUGCUCUCAAGGGUCAACAAUGGCGCAUACAUCGAGGUCCUGACGUCCUCCGUUGCCAAGGAUCUCAUCACCAGAUUCACUUCCAGCCUCGCAGCACAGACCACUUCUGCAUCAAAAGAGUCACUUUCUGAAGACGAAAUCGCCGUCGGUCUUGCUGCCCUCAACGCCUUUCUGCAGUCCAACGUUACGGGACCCGUGUUGGAGGCCGUCGAGAAGGUUGAAGUGCUCUUUACUGAUGCUCUAUCCGCCGCAGACAGCUCGGCAGACGGCCUCAAGACACUGAGGAGACUCAGUCUGAAGGCUCUUGAGGUCGAUGGUGUCUCACCCUACCCAUACAUCCCCAACAUCGAGCUCUUCGCCCUCACCCGCUAUAUUUUUGCAGAAUAUUCUUCGGCCAGCGAUGCCGUGCUCAACCUCUCUUCCACACGCCUCAGCCUUCCAUGGACCCGUUUGAGAAUCAAUGUGUGGCAUUUUAAGCUCCUCAGCCAACCUUCCCUCGGCCCUGGUUCCAACUUUGCCAAGGCGUCGCAGUGGAUCGACGUCCCGACAUUGGCAGAGCAGAUUAACAUCGGUCUCGACACCGUCCGAAAGCAGAUCGUUGAAGAGGAUGUCUGGUCGACGAGUGAGAACCCCUGGGGUCGCGAGGAGAAGGUGCAGUUCCUGCUCGAGGCGGCGAACACGCACAUCAUGCUCGGCCGCGAUGACAAGGCGCGAGAGGCGCUCAAGGAGGCCGCAGAGCUCAACAAGUUUGCCUACGCGCUCUCUGGUGCGCUUGGUAAGAGGACCAAGUUCCAGGAGAAGAGCACCAGUCAGCUUGUUGUCCUGGCCAAGAGCGACACUGCACCCGAGGAAAGCUCCGGGGAGGACAACGAGGCAGAGACGAAACCCGAGGCUGUUGCGCUGAAUGAUGAUACCCUUCUGGAGGAGAUUGAGUUCUCCAAGGACGCAACUGGAAAACACGGCGAGUUGGCGGCCUCCACCUCGGGGCUUCCUGCUGCCCUGGCAAACCUUUCUCCCGACGACCAGCCGCGGCUGUCUCCUCUGGAUCAGAUCAUCCUGUUGACCGAGGCGACGCUCAAGGAUACCUUCUCACCUGUUGAUACCCUGACCUCGGAGGAGGUCCUCCCUUAUGCCGUGCGUGUGGUGUCGGAUAAGCCGACCAACUGGCAGGUGUACACCCAAGCGCUGCUCGUCCGUUCUCGUAUCGAGGUCCACCGCAGCAGAACCGUCGAGCGUGGAGUUCUUCAGAUGCAGGCUGUCGUUGACCAGGUCGUCGUCGACACCUCCGAGCCUACCAAGAUCAGAGCCGAAGACGUCGCCAACGAGCCCGAAGUUCCCGCCAUCGCAGUCAGCGCUCCCGGUGAGGCCCCGACCACGUCCAAGGUGGAAAAGCCCACAUCCUUCUUCCCUGCCGCCAAGGAAACCGAGUCGGCGCCCGCACACGUCCGUCUGCAGUACAUCCACGCCCUUUCCUCGCCCCCGAGAUGGCAUCUGGAAUCCGAAUUAGCCUACUCCUGGGCCGGCGUCGGAUCGCUCGUAUCUGCUCUCGAGAUCUUCAAGCGUCUGCGUCUGUGGGCCGAAGUCGCACUGUGCCUCGCCAGCAGCGCCGCAACCGAGGACGAAGACGGACGCGGCAGCGGAGGCGAGCAGAAGGCCAAGGCCGUCGUCCGCUGGCGUCUGUUCCACAAGACCGGCCAGCCUGUCGUGGAGAACGCCGAUCCGGAUGCCGAGGAGCUAGAGUCGGAUGUCACCUACCUCAACCCCGCCGAUUUCUCCGGACCGGAGCGCGUGCCGCCGCCGCCCAACGCGCCGAGAUUGUUCUGCAUUCUCGGAGACCUGGAGAACGAGCCGAAGCACUGGGAGCGCGCGUGGGAGAUUUCCAAGCACCGCUUCGCGCGCGCGCAAAAGUCCCUGGGAGAGCACUACCUCCAGCAGAAGGACUGGUUAAAGGCCUUGGAAUCGUACCAGCUCGCUACCAAGUGCAACCGUCUCAGCCCGGAGCUCUGGAGCAGACUGGGCGACAUCAACCUCCGCAUGGGCAACUUCCCGGAUGCCGCGGAGGCAUACAGCCGCGCCAUCGGCGCUGCCGGAGAAAUCGUCGGCGGAGAAGACGCGAGGACGUGGAGUAACCUCGGUUCUUCGCUUUGGAGCAUGUACCUCGAGACCGUAGAGGACAUGAAGAAGAAGCUGAUCGAGGAGAAGAAGAACAACAAGGACGACGACGAGACGAAGAAGUCCGAGAAAGAUGACGAAGACGAAGACGAGGAGCCGCAGCAGCACCAGGAGAAGACGCUCAAGGACCCCGCUACGCUGUUGUCGCAGUCUCUGGCGGCGUAUAAGCGCGGCGCGACGAUAUCGCAGGACAACUGGCGCAUCUGGGACAACGUGCUCACCCUCGCGUCGAGGAUGAGGCCGGUGGCGGUGACGGACAUGGUGCUUGCGAUGCGGGCCAUCAUCCGCAUCCGCAACACGGAGGACGCGCUCGACGACGACGUCCUCAGGGCGCUGCUGCAGGAGUCGCUGCUCACCAAGGACAAGACGGACGAUGCCAAGAAGGAGGGCGUGUACACGCCGCCCCGCGGCACCGUCGAGAAGGCCGUCGUCGCGCUGUUCGAGGAGAGCGUCGUGCCGCUCAUCACCACCCGCUCCGAACUCUGGGAGCUCAUCGUGCAGCUGCGCGUGUGGAGGAGGGAUUACGCCGGCGCCGUCGACGCGGCGGAGAAGGCCUGGCGCGCGGCCAUGGGCGCCGGUGCCGGUGGCGGGUUGUCUGCUUCUUCUGCCGGGUCCGGCGGCGUUGAUCAGAGCAAGAACUGGCUCGUUGACGCCGGCGCGUGGAAGGUCGUUGUUGCGAGGACGGACGAGCUUGUUAGUGUGCUCGAGAACUUUGGCAGCGAGGUUGAGAGCGUGGGGAGCAAGUGGAGGGGUAAGGCGAGGAAUGCGGUUCGCAGUGUCAUGAGCCGUGGAAAGGAGAGCUGGGAGGGCAGCGAGGAGUGGAGGAUUUUGGAGGGGUUGAUGGAGGGGUUGAAGUUGUAG